AUGGCCGCGCGCCUCGCCUCGGAUGACGCCGCCGUCGGAGAUCCCGCCGUCGCCGCUCCGUCAAGCUCGUCCGCCGCCGGGAGGGACCUCGUCCGAGCCGCCGCGCUCGAGGCCGGCGAGCCCGAGGCCGCCGCGCUCGAGGCCGGCGAGCCCGAGGCCGCGCUCAAGCUCCGCCGGCCCCCUGCAGCAUUGCGGCGGCACCUCCACCUCCCUCCCGGCAGCACCUCCAUCCCAACCCGGCAGCACCUCCCUCCCUCCCUCCCCCUCCCUCGCCGGCGGGCAUGCGGCACGGCGACCCGCGCGCAACACGGCAGCACGGUCGAGCUCUCCCUUGCUCCCCUGCCCAGCUCUCCCCUGUGCGGCGGCGGCCAGAUCCGCACGCUCCCCCAGCGUCGGGCCUCGCGACACAGACAAGGGCGGCGGCGGCGGCGGCGGGCCGGACCGCCACUCCAGCGCCACCCCUCGAGCCCGCCGUCUGCUGCCUCCUCGCGCGGUGCUCUCCGCUCGCGGUCGGGCCUGCGUGGCGCGGCGGGGCGGCCGCGGCGGCGUGCGCUCGCGCGGCUGGGCGGAUCCCGGUGUCAUGGUGCCUCCUCGUCCUCCCCCCUCCUUCCUGGGCAGCGGCUCACUGCCCCACCGCCGGCGAGGCUCUGUGCUCGCCAUUCUCCCUCUCCCCCACCUUCGCAGUGGGCGGCCGAAGAGCUCCGGCCGGGCAGAGGGGCACCCGGCCCUCCCCUGCCUGCGCGCGGCAGCGCGGCCCUCCUCCUCCUCGCGAGCGCCCCUGGAGGUCGCCGCCGCCCGCUGCCUUCUCACCGCUAG